AUGACUGAUUUAUCCGAUUUAUGGGCGGAUAGUAAAAGUUCGGGGAAAUUAUUUAACAUAGUUGCUACCGAUUUCGGAGGCGAAGUGAAAAAGGCAGUCGUUUCGAUUGAGAAAAAAAUCUAUCAGUUGUUUUCGCAACUGAAAAACGGCGGUAAUUUUUGGGCUUCGUUAAGAAAUUUCAAGGAGAAAAUUUGCAUGAAUUUCACCGCGGCCGAUUUUGCCCGUGGAUUGUAUUUUGUAACGCUAACUUUUAAUAGUCAGAAUGCCCAGUUGGAAUUUACCCGAGCUCCGUGA